UUAUCUCCUUUCCUAGGGCUUCUGGUUCUCUGUCGUUUCCCUCAUUCUAUUUAAGGCAUGCCAUGUCCUCCUCGCCAUAGUCCUUCAACUUCCAAACUAUGCGCUCAAACAGAAAACCCCCCAAACUCCAGUCUUAUCAGAAAACGAAACUCCUCACAAAAAGCAGUAUUUUUGCACAUUUUGGAACUUUUCUAUGACUUAGUGUAUGGUAGGUUUCCUCGGAAAACUCUCAGUGAUCCAGAGAAUCCUCUUUAAAGCUGGGUGAUCUCGUCUAUUAAUAUUUUCCUGGGAUAUAUGGCUGAAGACAACUGUGUGUGCUCCGUAAUAUUCAACGGCUACAUCAUCGUCACUCAGGCAGAAGACAUAACUUGGGCACAGUGGGUUAUACUCUCAUGAGAGAGGCCAUCUAGGCCAGCUCCUGGGUUCAAGGCCACCAAGCGGCCCUCCUGUGAUCUUCUCUUGGGCCGCCGGACUUGGGCACCUGAGUCCCGCGGAUAUCGGAACACUGCUUCGGCGCCUAACGAAAUUCUCCGCGCGAAGGCGGCGGGCGGCUUCGAACUCUCGCCUGCUCACUGACAACCCUGCUCCUGCCAAGACUCAAGUUCCGCGCGGCCCGGAGCUCGCCUCUAAGGGUUUCCCGCGCCCAGCGGGCUUCUGGCGGCGCCUCGCGCCCCUCAGCCCUGGUCGCUGUCUCAUCUCCCGCGACCCCGAGCGUCCGAAAGAAGCAGGGAACGCGGCCGACUCCGCGGCCCCCAGCUGCAAAGGCGAGAGGACCCGCCUCCACUUCCAAGUCCGGGGAGCCCAAACGAGAAGCCGAGGCCAGCGCCGAACCUUCCGGAGACCUCACACGUCCUCGUCGGGCCCACGCCAGCGUCGAAGCGGCUCUCCCGCCCUCUCGCGAGAGAGUGCCUGGUGGUACCUCCUUCCUUUCAGCUUUCUCUCCCCGCCCCCUGAGUGCUCGCGCGGUUUCCUCCCGGGGGCGGGAGCCUUGGACGUGGCGGGGCCGGGCCAGCCAGGGUACCGGGCCCGGGGCGGUCUGCUCGGCUUCUCAGCAGCCGGCCUUCCGCGCCCCCGACAAGCCCCCGACAGGCCCAGUGCCUUCGCGGGUAGACGGGCCCCGGCCUGACUGACGCUGCGGUGGAGCUGUAGGCCGGGCGGAAGGGUCAGCGAGCCUGGGCCGGUGGGCACCACACCUGCGCGGGCGGAGGCCGGCGGGAAGGUGCGCACGCGCGCUGCCUGCGGGAGGGCGGUGGCUCCGGGGACGCUGAGCAGCGCAAGCCGCGGGCUGGGCGCGCUGGGUGGUGGUGGCGUAAUCUCGCAGCCUCUCAGCCUCUCCUUCCCUCCGCCUCAGUUUGGGGCGGGUCCGGAGAAUGGCUUCGGACAUAGAGUCGUCGCUCGAGGCGAGCUUCUCAUCCAGCGGUGCAGUGUCAGGGGGUUCAGGGUUUCUGCCACCGGCUCGCUCCCGCAUCUUCAAGAUAAUCGUGAUUGGCGACUCCAAUGUGGGCAAGACGUGCCUGACCUACCGCUUCUGCGCCGGCCGCUUCCCCGACCGCACCGAGGCUACGAUCGGGGUGGAUUUCCGAGAACGAGCGGUAGAGAUUGAUGGGGAGCGUAUCAAGAUCCAGUUAUGGGACACAGCGGGACAAGAACGAUUCAGAAAAAGUAUGGUCCAGCACUACUAUAGAAACGUGCAUGCUGUUGUCUUCGUGUAUGAUAUGACCAACAUGGCGAGUUUUCACAGCCUGCCGUCUUGGAUAGAAGAAUGCAAACAGCACUUGCUAGCCACCGAUAUACCACGGAUUCUUGUUGGAAAUAAAUGUGACUUGAGAAGUGCCAUUCAGGUACCCACAGACUUGGCACAAAAAUUUGCUGACACACACAGUAUGCCUUUGUUUGAAACCUCUGCUAAAAACCCCAAUGAUAAUGACCAUGUGGAAGCUAUAUUUAUGACCUUGGCUCAUAAGCUUAAGAGCCACAAACCAUUAAUGCUUAGUCAACCCCCUGAUAACGGAAUUACCCUGAAGCCUGAACCAAAGCCUGCAAUGACAUGCUGGUGCUAAAUCACAGUCUUUAUUACAGUAUCUAAUAUUGACUAAAGAAAUACUUCUGAAGUAUGACAGUGAUAAGUCAUAGAAUUUAAUCUCAGAUACAAUGGAUCAUCCUGACACGUUACUGUUUAUCAUCGUCAUGCUUAUUUUUGUAUUUUGUGUCUACUUAAUCAAGUUUGUCACUGUGACACCACAAGGAAAAAGUUUUCAGAUGAGGUUGAAAUGAAGCAAUAUUAGGAUGAUUCAGAACAUCUUUGCAUUGAGAGCGCAAGGAGGAGGCUUCAUAUGAGAGCAUAAUGGGAUUUUAAGAGUUAGUGAUUGUUUAAUCCUGUGUUCCUGAAAUUGAAAAAAUAUAUUAAGGAUUUAGGUCACUUACUGGUAUGUCCUUUGAAUGGGAAGUAUUCUCAGUAGGAUAAAACUGGUAUUUGCCUCUCCCUAGAGUUCUUUCUUUGUAUUGUUAGUAUAUUAAUUGCAUUAUUAUUGGUAUAUUUUAAGAGCUAAGACUUCAGAUCUGGUGGAAGAAGACCUAGAAUGUUUUCUGGUUCUCAGCCCAGAAAGAAUGACUUUCCCAACAGUUCUAGAUGUUUGAUCUUUGUAAACAGUGUCAAUCAGGUCUGUAAAAAUACCAUUGUCAUUUUAAAAAAGAGUAAUUCUAUAAAACAUGCAGAAGUAAAUCAGAUUUUAAUGCAAAUGAAAUGACAUAAUAAGGUGCUUUAUACUUUACUUUGAUAUAUUUAAAUAGUAAAAAACUAAUUGAAAGAUUUGAGAAGUUAUAGUUUAGGGGAAAUAAGUAAACAUGGUUCCUGACUGCCACAAGAGACCUUCCAGCUCUCGGCUUUUAGUCAUUUCAAACUGUGUUCUGACAUGGGAUCUCAUGCUCCCUCCAUCAACUUAAUGCCUAAAAGCAUCCAUCAUCUCUUCCAUUUGAAUUGUAACUCUGAGGGCAUACCUAUAAUUGCUGUGAGUCUACAUUUAUUUCUGUAAUAGAAUUCUGUCAUAGUAUACUGCUGUUUAGAUCUUUAAAUCUUAUGGUCACAACAAACUACUCCUCCUCAGUAUGAAAAAUAAAUUAGGUAUUACAGAAUAUCUAGUCAAUUCCUCAGUGAUGGAAAGAAUAUUUCAGAAAGUAUUUUACCCUAAAUGCUUUUGUUUUGAAUGUAAGACUUUGCACAUAGGAAAUAAUAAGCUUGCAUAUGACGCUAUUACAUGAAUGGAAUGUAAGCCAUGAACUCUAACUGAAGUGUGCACAUUCACUAAUUCUGAAAGAUUGCUGAACUUACCAUUCUAGAGGACAUUAAGCUGAAAGGUGAUUAUACAUAAAAUAUUUUCAGAAUGUGGGAGACCAAUGAAAUAUGUGAUCUAAUCUAGUUUAGAAUUUUUUACUUAAUCAUGGUGGUCCUGGUUGAGUAAUUUAGUUAUAAAAACAAGAUACUUCUAUUAAAUAAACUAACUGAAAAUAAUAAUUAAGGGAAAUAAUUAUUCUAUUUUAAUCACUAGACCUUAAGGAAAAAGAAAUGGUCUUUGUUUUUAAUGAGAUUAAUCCAUUUUUCUUAUCAUGCUAGAAUUAAAAGUGGUUUGACUUUAUCUAAAUUGAUAUUAAUUUGUAACUAUUUUUAUAGCAAAACAAUGACAGCUGUUAUCAUUGUUGUGGGUGUUAACAGUUUUUUAAAGAAGGGAAUCUGUUUAUUGCUUAUCAAAACAUUUUCUAAAGUGGGGGAAGAAAGUUUACAGACUUUCCAAGCACAUUUAUGUUUUUUCAUUGCUGUUAUUAAUAUUUUUUAAAGUAAUUUAACUUUAUUUCUUUUUGUAAGGAGUGAGUAGUAAGUAUCCUUUAAAGUUCUCUGAAAGGACUUAUUUUUUCCACUUUAAUAUUUAUUAAUUUAAAAAUAUUUGUAUCCCAUUUGUGGUGAUUUGUUUUAAUUUUUUUCUAUACAUGUUUUCAUUUUUAAAAGGAACAUACUUAUCAGUUGAAUGGGGAUGAAGCUUUUAGAUAUUUUCCAAAAUAUUUAUAAAACACUUCACCAACUUGACAAAUCACUUCCAAAAUGGUGGCUAUUCUUAAUUUUUAAAGCACAAGUCACAGGUUUUAUAACUCCCGUGUGAGUUUGUUUUAACGGUAUCCUUUAGUUGAAAACUUCCGAUAUGUUUUGGAAAAGUCAUAGUUUGGGAGAACACCAAAGGAAGCUAAUACAGGCUAUAUAAUAAAGUUAGUUCGUAAUGACAGUAUGUUGCUAAUACAUUUCUUCUUGAAAUCUAAACGAGAGUUAAAUAAUUUUGUUGUGGAGUAGUGUCACUGUAAUUUUGCCCUCAUGAAGUUCAAUAAACCAGCUUUGACAUAAGGAAA